UGGCUUCCCUCCCGGGACGCUCUUUCCUUCCUCCUCUUGCUCCUCCUCCUGUCUCUCUUCGCUCCGCCUGCAAACGCGGUGGGGGCUGCUCGGCCGCCAGGAGCAGGUUACCCUCUAUCUGCAUGCCCGCCAUCAAGGUAUGAGGAUGGUAGAAGCUCUCGUGGAACCAGUUGGAUGAAGACCACUAACAGCUUUUGUUUCCUCUGGUAACAGCAAGAGACAGGAGAACAUGAGAGAUUGGACCGUGGGCUGGAGAAUUUACUGGUAGGAGAAUUCAUCCCCAAAGAGAUUGAAGUGAGCUUCAGAAUGGCAAAAGAGGAGCUCCGGAGUAUCUCAAGAAACUUACAAGAACUGCAGAAGAAGCUGUCUCUGCUGAUAGACUCCUUCCAGAAUAAUUCAAAGGUGGUGGCCUUUAUGAAGUCUCCAGUGGGUCAGUACUUGGACAGGCAUCCAUUUCUCGCCUUCACCUUGAUCGUGUUCAUUGUCAUGUCAGCUGUUCCUGUUGGAUUCUUCCUGCUCAUCGUGAUGCUUACGUCCCUGGCUGCUCUGCUGGGGGUCAUCAUACUGGAAGGAUUGGUCAUCGCUGUGGGUGGCCUCUCACUGCUCUGCAUCCUCUGUGGUUUGGGCUUUGUGUCACUCGUCAUGUCGGGGAUGAUGAUAGCAUCCUAUGUAGUGGUCUCCAGCCUCAUCAACUACUGGUUUUCUCCCAGACCACUGACACAGCAAAACACCAAUGGUGACUUUCUGCCAGCCAUGAAGUCUGCAGACUUCGAGGGGCUUUACCAGGAAUGAGUGGCUGCUCAGAGGCCAGGCUUCUUUUCAUGUACUGCUGGAUCAUACUCACCCCUUGGGAUUAUGGCUCAGAAGAAGGGGGCUGGGUAGCAAGCACUCCUUGGCUGUGUCCUCUCGCUUUUUCACUUAUUUAUAGGAUCCUGCAGCAGCCAAUUUAGGGAUUGUGUUGUUUUUGUGUUUGUUCCCGUGUAAAGAAGCAGCAGAGAAAUGCGAUGGUUCAACAGCUCACCCUGCCCCAAAUAUGCAGACUUGACCUUGGCAGGGUCCUGGGCUUCUAGACUCUAGCCCAUUGACCCCAAAGCCUCAGGGCUUAUGUCGAAUGGUCCCAUUGGGAGCAACAGUGGUUGUUUAUAGUUUUUUGUUUUCAGAAAUGAGGGCAGCUGUUAAUUUUUUCACUCAUGUGAAACAAGGUGAAAAAAAAAAA